AUGAGUAUUUCUAUAAAUGUGCCUAGUCUUCCGUCUAUUGACGACAAUGAUCUACCUAAAUCAUUAUUAUUAAAAAAAUUUGAUUUACAAAUGUUAAUGAUUCGAUGUGAUAUUCAGUUUCGCUCUAUGCCUAAUCUUCAUAGAUUUGUUUUUACAAUUAUUGUUGAUAAGAAUAUUUCACCAUUUACGAUGGAUUUGAUUAAUGGACAAAAUUGGCGUGAGAUGUUAACAUGUCAUGUACCUUAUUUGAAUAAAUUUGAUUUUCAUAUGUCUUUGUUAACAAAUGACCAACCGAUUGAUUUAGACAAUAUUCUCAACUCAUUCAGACCAUUUAUCAAUCUAUAUGAAAAAUGGGAUAUGCGCAUUAGUCGAUGGAAAUUUAUGCCGUAUGUUCCAUAUUUACCUUUGUUUCCAUCUUUCUCAUUGGUUAAGAAGGACGACGAUGAUUCAAAAAAAUAUCUUGAUAAUCUUUCACGUCUUGUUAAUUUGUCUAAUAUUAGUAAUUUGCAAUUUUCACGAAACAACGAUAUAACAAGAUUACAUGUUAUUGAACAUGUUUUAUUAGCAUGUCCAAAUGUCACAGAACUUAUUAUAGUCAGUUCAUUGUUCUUCUCGCCCAACGUAUUAAACAAUCCUACACUGAUUCUUAUUUUUAAUUGA